AAAUUUUUCACUUAGAAUUUCUUAAUGAGUUUUCUUCUUUAUAUGCAUUUUUCCGAGCACGACGCGUUCGGGACACAUUCAACCGUAAUUAUUAAACGUCAAAUUCGUUAUCAUUAUGGUGAGUAAAGUAAGAUCAAAUGAAAUAAUAAUUGUAAUUGUGAGCACGCAAUUCUCACGGUCUCAAAAUUAAUCGAAUCGAACGGUGCGAACGGCAGCCUCCUAUCGCGAAGGUGCCGACGACAGAGUUCGCACGGAAUCCGUUCCUCCGAUUCCUUUUCUCACGAAGUACAACGCGUGAAAAAAAUUACAAGCUUUUCACACUACGUGCCACAUACGUAUAUAUUUACAUUACGUUUCACCGAACGAGCGUAAUCGAUACACAACCGCCAUUCGCGGUGGAGGCACACGACAAACACGGAUGUCGCGACGUGACAUAUCUGCGUUAACGCUGUUAACGAAACCCGUCAGCUUUCGUCGUCUCUCGCAUCGGAACGAAAAUAUCUCGCUUCCGUUCUCGGGGAAAUCGUUCGCCGACGCUUGGGUCGAAAUGACUCGACCCAAAUACGUCCAAUCUCGCCGUGGGAUACGCGAAAUUUCAACCCCCUCCCCUCCCCCGCCUCCCCGGCGCGGUGGUGCGCUUUAAAGCACACAGGGCGAUCCGCAGUAGGUCACUUAUCACCACGUGUAAUCGUUUUCGAGUCUGUAACUGCAGCGCAGUGCACUGUCUCGUGAAUGGUAUACUUAUGCGAAACUAAGGGUUGAACGAUGAGGCAUGAGAAAAAGGGAAUGUCGCACGCGUUAUUUGACCGCAAAAUCGAUGGCGCGUUUUGUAUAGGAAUUAUCGAGUUAACGAGACGAAUAAAGAAGAGUCCUUAUGCGUAUUUAAGUCAAAUUAAUUGUCAUUAUGAAGCACCAACAAGUAACCGUGGACAUGACGAACAUGGUGUUUACUGCUUGCUCCUAUUUGGCGCUUGCCGGAGCGGUCUGGAUAUUUUUGCGGCUUAUCCAGGCCUGCUUCUGGCUACCGAAACACUUAAAGAGGCAAAAUGACGUUCAAAGAAUGCUGCAAGAGAAGGUGGACAGUUAUGAGAAAUACGUGCUAGAAUGCGAAGAGAAGGAAAAGGCAGAAAUGUUGGAUCAAAUCGAUGACGAAAAGAAGAGUCUCGAGAUGGCGGAGAAGUGGAAAGAGCGGAGGGAAUGCCUCGAUAUGCUCAAGCGAGAAUUGGAAAGAGUUCGCGAAGGUAAAGACAUGUCCGAUUGGGACGCCCUGUUGGAUGAGGAGCUGAAGAAGCAUGAAAUGGAGUCUAAACUUCUGGAGGAGGAAGAGAACGACAUUAAUAAAGAGAAAAGCGACGAUGAGAAGGAGAUAAAGAAGGUGGAUAUCGAAGCGAAGAAGAAGAAGUAACGAUCCGUCCGUGUCUUUGAAAGUGUCUUAUCCAGACUUUACGAUAACUCACAUCGCGGUAUGUAAAAAAACAGUUUUAUAUAUAGGUGAAAAUAAAAGAAUUUUCCCUUGAGCAAAAAAAUUUUUGAAACAUUUUAUAUUUAUACUCUCGUCGUUUGGCGCGUGAUCAAAUAAACAAAAGGUAAAUAC